AUGAACGGAGGACUGGAAGCUUGGGAAAGUUAUCGGGCAGACGAAGGAGAAGAGGAGGAAGAUGAAGAUGAGGAGGAGAAUGUAGCCUACGAUGAUGAUGAGGACGAAUUUGGGCUCCCAAGCAUUACCAGCAUGCGGAGAAAGCAAAGCAGGGCUACUGCUCUAGUUCAACCUAACACCGUUGACCCCGGUGGGGGGAUAGGGGAUCAUUUGACCCUUGGUGUUGGUCUUGGAAGCAAUCGACAACGGGCAAAUAGCUCUGACAUUGCAGAAGAGCGUGGCGUUUCAAUUUACCCUACAGCAAAGAAAGCAGAGGGUAAAAUCCUACGUCCUCAGUAUAAGGAAAUUUUGAGAGACCCUGCGCACGCUCUCAAUCUUAUUGAUCAUGCGCCACCACCAAAAAAUGCGUCGCCUAAAGAAAUGGACCUAUAUUCGAGUCGCAUCUCAAGGAUCAACAAAUUCAAGCGUCUGCUGCAGACGAGCACUGUUCCUCUUGCGGAACUCAGGAACCUCGCGUGGUCAGGGGUCCCAGAAGAAGUGCGAGCAAUGACUUGGCAAUUACUACUUGGGUACUUGCCGACAAACAGUGAACGGCGCAUUUCGACCCUUGAAAGGAAGCGCAAGGAAUACUUGGAUGGGGUUCGACAAGCUUUUGAGCGAGGCCCUUCAACCUCCGGAAACCCGUCUUCGUCCGUCACAGGGCGAGGUAGAGGGUUAGAUGAAGCAGUCUGGCAUCAGAUUAGUAUAGAUGUUCCUCGCACCAGCCCUCACAUCCAGCUCUACAGCUACGAGGCUACUCAGCGCUCUUUAGAGAAGAUACUCUACGUCUGGGCUAUACGUCAUCCUGCCAGCGGCUAUGUCCAAGGCAUCAAUGACCUUGUGACUCCUUUCUGGCAAGUAUUUCUUGGACUUUACGUCACCGACCUUAAUGUCGAGGAAGGCAUGGAUCCAGGUCAAUUACCUCGGAGUGUGCUGGAUGCGGUGGAGGCGGACUCCUUUUGGUGUCUUACCAAACUCCUGGACGGAAUUCAGGACAAUUACAUCUAUGCUCAACCUGGGAUUCACAGGCAAGUCAGAGCACUGCGUGAUUUGACCAUGCGCAUAGACUCUACGCUGGCUAAGCAUUUAGAGCAAGAGGGUGUGGAAUUCAUGCAAUUCAGUUUUCGAUGGAUGAACUGCCUCCUCAUGCGAGAAAUGAGCGUCCAAAAUACCAUAAGGAUGUGGGAUACAUAUAUGGCUGAAGAGCAGGGCUUCUCACGCUUCCACCUCUACGUGUGUGCGGCGUUUCUGGUGAAGUGGACAGAUCAACUGGUGAAAAUGGACUUUCAGGAGAUUAUGAUGUUCCUGCAAGCCCUACCGACGAAGGGCUGGACUGAGAAGGAUAUUGAACUUUUGCUAAGUGAAGCCUACAUAUGGCAAAGUCUUUUUCAGGACUCUCGUGCCCAUCUUCGCCCGGCUGGAGAUCGGUCGCCUGAGAAUGGCUUCCAGUGA